AUGGCAAUAGGGAAUUGUCAGUCUGAAACUUUGUAUAGUACUUUGACAGAUCAAUGUUCUGGGUUUAAUAUGGGAUAUUGGAGAUUGCAAAACAUUUAUUUUAUUCAUCAACUUAAGGAAGUGACCAUAGAGCUUUCCAUUGGAUCUAAUGGAAUUCAGUUUGCAAAAUAUGUGCUCGAGCAUUCUCAGAAUUUGAAGAAAAUGACAGUUUUUCAUGCACCUCAGCAGUCGAAAGCUGUAAGGAAGAUAACAAAAAGCAAGAUUGCUUCCAGUGCCAAACUUGCCUUUUUGGAGGAUAGAGAAAGAAGUUGA